CAGGGGUUGGAAAAACCACGCUAGGCAAAGAACUUGCAUCAAGAUCAGGACUGAAAUACGUUAAUGUGGGUGAUUUAGCUCGAGAAGUCUGAUCACCGGAUAUCAUGGAGUCUGGCAAGAUGGCUUCUCCCAAGAGCAUGCCGAAAGAUGCACAGAUGAUGGCACAAAUCCUGAAGGAUAUGGGGAUUACAGAAUAUGAACCAAGAGUUAUAAAUCAGAUGUUGGAGUUUGCCUUCCGAUAUGUGACCACAAUUCUAGAUGAUGCAAAAAUUUAUUCAAGUCAUGCUAAGAAGGCUACUGUUGAUGCAGAUGAUGUGCGAUUGGCAAUCCAGUGUCGUGCUGACCAGUCUUUUACCUCUCCUCCCCCAAGAGAUUUUUUAUUAGAUAUUGCAAGGCAAAGGAAUCAAACCCCUUUGCCAUUAAUCAAGCCAUAUUCAGGUCCUAGAUUGCCACCUGAUAGAUAUUGCUUGACUGCUCCAAAUUAUAGACUUAAAUCCUUACAAAAAAAGGCAUCUACUUCUGCGGGAAGAAUAACAGUUCCACGGUUAAGUGUUGGUUCAGUUACUAGCAGACCAAGUACUCCCACGCUUGGCACACCAACCCCACAAACCAUGUCUGUUUCAACUAAAGUAGGGACUCCAGUGUCCCUCACAGGGCAAAGGUUCACAGUACAGAUGCCCACUUCACAAUCCCCAGCUGUAAAAGCAUCAAUUCCUGUAACAUCAGCAGUUCAGAAUGUUCUAAUUAAUCCAUCACUAAUUGGGUCCAAAAAUAUUCUUAUUACCACUAACAUGGUGUCAUCACAGAAUACUGCCAAUGAAGCAUCAAAUGCAUUGAAAAGAAAACGUGAAGAUGAUGAUGAUGAUGAUGACGAUGAUGAUGAUGACUAUGAUAAUUUGUAAUUUAGCCUUGAUGCAUGUAACAUGUAUGCUUGGUUUUGAAUCCAUUGUACUGAGAUUAAACAUGCAUGCUAGAUGUUUCCAUGUUGUGUUUUAGAAAAAUAGUAUUUAAUGAGUAAAUAUGGUUACCAUACUUUUCAAUUGAGAUGUUGUAUUGGAUUUUCUUUAAUAGGAUUAGUAAUCGUUUUUCAUCAGCCUUUAAGUGUAAAAAAUAAAGUUGUA